AUGGCGGCGGGUCGCGGCGACGCUGCGAGCAUGGUGGCGGUGGGUCUGGUGUGGGGCGCCACGAACGCGCUCAUGCGGCGGGGCGCGCUCGUCUGGGACCGCCGCGCCCGUGCCUCCUACCCCUCCGGCAACGUCUUCCGCCGGUGGGCGGCCUUGCUCCUGACGUGGCAGUACUCGGCGCCGUUCGCCGCCAACCUGUGCGCGUCCGCAGCCUUCUUCGCGCUCCUCGGCGCCGCGCCCAUCUCCGUGGCCGUCCCCGUCACCAACGCCGUCACCUUCGCCGCCACGGCCGCCGCCGCCGCGGCCCUCGGUGAGCGCGUCCGGCCGGCGCCGGCAGUCCUCGGCACCGCGCUCAUCGUCCUUGGCGUCUGGGUCUGCAUCUCUUAG